AUGGCGUGUCGGUUGCUUUACCUUAUAACUAUUCUAUUCCUACUACACAAGAAGUCAACGUCGUUUGAUCUUUUCUCAAAAGAAUGCACAACACAACGGUGUGUGCUGACGGCCGCUCGCCUUCUUUCAAAAAUGGAUCCGUCGGUGGAUCCUUGUGUCGACUUCUAUGACUACGCAUGUGGUCAAUGGAUAAACAACUCUGUAAAUCUCAACUAUCCUUCAUGGAACGUCCUUUAUGAGACGAACAUGAGGGCGCAUGAUAAAAUAGUUCAUGCUAUGCUUAAAGGUACGUCCCACUCGUAA